AUGUUAGUACCUUCGUGGCUUGAAUCCUUGUUGUCAACGACCUUCUUCUCCAUCUGUGGCCGAUCGCAUAAAGAUGGCCUGAGAAGCGAAAGCAACAUGUACUGCUUAGAUUGCAAGAAUGGCGCAUUCUGUUUGUAUUGUAAAUCAUCAAGACACAAAGAUCACCAAGUUAUUCAGAUCAGACGAUCAUCAUAUCACAAUGUUGUGAGGGUAUCAGAGAUUCAGAAGGUGUUAGACAUCGGCGGAGUUCAGACUUAUAUGAUAAACAAUGCGAGAGUGUUGUUUCUUAACCAGAGGCCUCAUGAGCCUAAAACUGCCGUUAAAGGGGGCUCACAUAUAUGUGAAAUAUGGGCGAGAUGUCUCGGGGACCCUGUUCGUUUUUGUUCAUUGGGAUGCAAGCUCGAGGGACUAAAGAAAAAUGGGGAAGCCAGCACAGUGAAGAAAGAAGAGGAGGGAAGAAAGGAAGGGAAAAAAAGAAGGUUACCAUCGAAAGAAUUAGAAGAUCAAAUGCAACAAGACAUGCACCAAAGCACUCCAACUCCAACUCCACCACCUCAUCCAAAUUUAAGGAAAAUGAGAAGAAAGGGCAUACCUCAUAGGGCACCCUUAAUGUAA